ACAAGUUGGCAACGCGGAGGGCACGUGUAGGUGGGAGCUACUUGUUUACUUAUUUAGUAAAACAUAGUUUUACUUUAUUUACAAAAUGUUUAAAUUCGGCUUUGAUGUAGAAGUAGAUAGUGACAAUCCAUUUGUUAACGAAAGUAAUGAAAACGAAAAGGAACUAGUAAAAACAACAAGUAAGAAUGGACAAACAGAAUGGUACAAAGCGGAGCAGGUGGCAAUUAGUGCGGAAACCUUGGAAAACCUAGAUGUUUAUAAAUUGAAUGCUACUACUUUGCACAUAGCAGAUCUACCAAUCCAACAUAUUGUCACAGGAUUUCUGAUUGAACACAUUACAUGCAAUAACAAUGAUAAUAAGGAUAUAGCAAAAGCCGAACAAACACACUCGGAUCUCAUACCUGGUGUUUAUGAAGGUGGUGCCAAAAUUUGGGAGUGUACCGAUGAUUUGCUACAAUAUCUAGCCAAACAAAUCAAGCCACAGGAUUGGCAGAGUAAACGUGUAUUGGAUCUAGGCUGUGGCGCUGGUUUACUUGGCAUCUAUGCGUAUAGAUGCGGCGCUGAAGUGCACUUUCAGGAUUAUAAUAAAGAUGUACUAACACAAAUAACAAUACCAAAUGUUUUGCUAAAUGUGAAAACCCAAACGAAACCUGUAGAUGAAGAUCCAACAAAAGAAAUAGAAGAACAGUUUGAUAUCGACGCACUGGAACAAACCCUACAAUUUUAUGCCGGUGAUUGGUGGGAAUACGCGCAACUAACUGCAAAAGGUGUAGAAGACAAAGCGGAAAAGUUUGAUUAUAUUUUAACGUCAGAGACUAUAUACAAUCCUGAGAAUCAGCAAAAAUUAUUAGACACAUUCUAUGCAAAGCUAAAUUCCGACGGUGUUGUGCUAGUCGCAGCAAAAACUUAUUAUUUCGGUGUUGGUGGUGGACUAAGGCAAUUCGAGGAAUUGAUUACUGGCGAUAAGCGUUUUCAAUUUAAAGUUGUCUGGACAAGUAAGGAAGGAGUUGGUAGAGAAAUUUUAGAAUUAAGAUUAAAAUAAUUACAUAUGUAUGUGAUAUAAGAAAAUGAGAAGUACCAGCAAAUCGACUAGGCAUUGUAAGUGCACUACUGUCUUAUAUAUUAUAAAUAUAAUAAUAUAAAUUAUUUGAAAA